AUGCAGGGGUUCAAUUUGCUUAUACUAAGCUGUCUUUGGCUCCAGGCGUGGGCUGCCAAAGAUAACUUGUUCAAGAACUGUGACCAGCUGGGGUUCUGUUCGAGAAACAGACACUAUAGGCGUCAAGUGGAGGCCCUGGGGCAACACGUUCCGUACUUUGUGGAUCCACAGUCGCUUGAGGUUUUGGAGGAUCAGAAGAUCGAGGGAACGAUUCUUAAGAAGCUUGAGCUGAACGAAUUGGUGUGGCUUCCAUUUGAAUUGUCGUUGUUGAAGGGUGAUAAUGUACGGUUCAAGAUUGAUGAAGAUAGACUGGGCGUCAAUGUUAAGGGGGUGAACACGAAGAGGUAUGACGAGACGGCACAGGCUAUUUUUGAUGCGCCAGAGACUGGAAAGUAUGAUUCGUUGAAGGAUAAGGUUAAGAUCACUAAGGAAUCGGUUACGUUGACGUAUGGUACUGAUGGCCAGUAUAAGGCUGUGCUUGACCUUAAUCUGGUGAUUUUGACGGUGUUUUAUAAGGGUGAGGCACAGAUUUCGUUUAAUUCGAAACAGCUUCUUAACUUUGAACACUACAGAACGGAAAAGACCAAUGGUCUUCAUACUCAUAGUGAGUUGGAGCUGACGUUCGAUAUGUUCCAUGAUUCGUUUGAGGAUGCAAAGGAAGAUACGCGUAAAUUAGGCCCAGAGUCUGUGGCUGGCGAUAUCGUUUUCCAUGAAUUCCAACACGUCUAUGGUAUUCCAGAACACCCAGAUAAGUUGAGUUUGAAGGAGACUACAGACACUCAAUGGCCAUACCGACUCUUCAAUGUGGAUAUUUUCGAGUACUACUCGGACUCGAGAAUGCCAAUGUAUGGUUCUAUUCCUAUUAUGGUCGCUACUAAGCCAGAAGUUUCCGUUGGUGUCCUUUGGAUGAACAGUGCUGAUACGUAUGUUGACGUGAAAAAGAACUCCAAGCCAAAGGAUGUCAGUACGCACUGGAUUUCCGAGGCUGGCGUGUUGGACUUGGUGAUUCUGGUGGGCGAAAAACCUGAUUCUAUCAACCAGAACCUUGGUCGUCUAACAGGAUACGUUGCUUUGCCCCAGCUCUUUGCUUUGGGCUACCAUCAAUGUCGCUGGAACUAUAACGAUGAGGACGAUGUUUUGGAUAUCAGCAGCAAGUUUGAUGAACAUGGAAUGCCUUACGAUACUAUUUGGCUUGAUGUGGACUACACUGACCAGAGAAAAUACUUCACUUGGCAUCCAGAUGCUUUCCCAGAUCCUGCUGGUAUGCUGCGCAAAUUGGACCACACUGGUCGUAACUUGGUCAUUCUUCUUGAUCCUCAUUUCAAGCUUGGCUACGAAGUUAGUGACGAGGUGGACAGGAGAGAGAUCACCCAAAGAGAUGCAAACAAUGCCACGUAUAAGCGCCACUGCUGGCCAGGUGAAUCCUUAUGGAUCGACUCUCUCAACCCAUCCGCUCAAGUUUACUGGGAUAAGCUUCAUGAGUAUUCUAAAGACAAUAAGGUUUUUGGAGAGGCUGAAAAUAUUCAUAUUUGGAACGAUAUGAGUGAACCAUCUGUGUUCGAUGGCCCAGAAACUAGUGCUCACAAAGAUAACCUUCACUACGGUGGCUGGGAACACCGUUCUUUGCAUAAUCUUGUUGGAAAGAGCUUCCACGAACUCACUUACAAGUCUCUUGUCAAGAGAUACCAAGACAAAACCAGACAACGUCCAUUUAUCUUGACCAGAUCGUUCUUUGCUGGCUCUCAAAGAACUGCUGCUUUUUGGACAGGUGAUAACAUGGCCAAGUGGGAAUAUCUUCAAACUUCUAUCCCCAUGAUGUUGACAUCAAGCGUGGUUAACAUGCCAUUUUCUGGCUCAGACGUUGGAGGUUUCUUCGGUGAUCCUUCUAGUGAAUUGCUUACAAGAUGGUAUCAAACAGGUAUGUGGUACCCAUUCUUCCGUGCACAUGCUCAUCACGAUAGCAAGAGAAGAGAGCCAUGGGUUGCAGGUGAACCUUUCCUGGGCUACAUGAGAGAUGCCUUGAGGUUGAGAUACGCCUUGCUUCCAGCCUUCUACACUGCAUUCUACGAAUCAAGCACUAAUGGUGCGCCAGUCAUCAGACCUUUGUUUUACUCCAACCCAGAGAACACAGAAGCUUAUGGUAUUGAUGACCAAUUCUUCCUUGGAAACACAGGUUUGAUGGUUAAGCCUGUUACUGAGAAGAAUACUCGUAACGUUCAGGUUUAUAUUCCAGACACGGGUAUUUACUACGACUACACCAGCGGUGUUCCACAUCCAAAAGCAGUCUCGGUAUCUUCUCCAGGCUACAUCAAAAGAGGUGUUGAGCUUGGUGAUAUUCCUAUGUACCUUAAGGGCGGUUCGAUUCUCCCAAGAAAGGAUAGAUACCGUCGUUCAUCCAAGCUUAUGCAUAACGACCCAUACCAUUUGGUUGUUGCGUUGGAUAAAAAGGGUGAUGCCCAGGGCUUGUUUUACCUUGACGACGAGGAGUCCUUCAAAUACAAGGACGGCGAUUUCGCUGUCGCUGCAUUUGAAGCUACCGAUGGAACCAUCAAGGGUAGUCUCUUCGUUGGAAACGCCAAGUUUACUGAAGACCUUGAAAGGAUCUUUAUUGAGAAGAUUACUAUUUUGGGAGCUGGAGAUGUUUCUUCUGCCCAGGUUUCUCAAAACGGCAAGAAGUUCAAGGCUUCCAUUGUGAAACACGAAGGGCACAUUGAGAUUGUCGGUAUCAAAAUCCAAAUCGACAAGGACUGGUCUGUCAAGUUGCAGACCGCUGCUGCUCACGAUGAGUUGUGA